AUCUUGAAUUCGGUUCUUGGCAAGCUACAGAAUUACAAGUCAACCUAGAGAGGCAGUUGAGCCACAUGCCAUUAUCAAUCAUCCUAGGUAAUAAAACUUUGGAAGUACGUCCCUUAGCUGUUGAUAAGGCAACCGCAGUUAGAGCCAUUAUGAAAGAUAUACAGUUUACACAGGAUGAAGUAGAUUUCGUACUCUGUAUUGGUGAUGGACAAACUGAUGAACCGGUAUUUGCCUUACUGAAAGAAAAUUUUAACGAUUGUUUUACGAGUACUGUCGAAAAGAAACAAACAGAUGCUAAUUAUUACCUUGAGAACAUUUCGGAGGUCCAACAAGUGUUGGAAAAAUUGGCAUCUGACUUAUAA